ACCCAGUUGUAAAAAGUGUAUGACAAACAGAUACUAGUGUAUGAAUUCUAAAAUCGGUAGAUUUUUCUGGGCCUCGAAUCGCAUUAAUUUGUUCAAAAACAUUGUGUCCAAUCCUGUUUUCUUCAUUAAAAAACAAAUAGAAAUAAUCCUGGAGUAAGUAGAUAUAUGUUUAAACUUCUACCCGUUUACAAGCCAAAUCAGAUUGUGAUCCUUGAUAAAAUACAAGAACCCCGAAGGGUAGUCCUCUGUGAUUGCUUUGAUUAUUUCUGAUUGUUAGAGGAAAAGUGAAAUUCAAAAGGCGUGUCUCUUGAACUAAAUGUAGAUCCAUUUCAACAUGCAGACGUGAAUGUUGAGUCAUGGCAGGUACUAUUCCGUCCACUAGUGGACCUUAUGUCCUCUCCAACCCCACUGACCAGCUACGCAUCGGUAUACCAAAGACACCUUCGAGGAACCGAUAUAUAACCGUUGCCAAGACACAUGUGCCAGUAUUUAGUUACUCGGAAAAGCAUAAACGCAUUUUUUCACGUCUUCCUAUAGAGAAAGAAGAUUUCCCAUCUCUUCCCCACAGAAUGUCUACCAUUCCAGAGGUGAAGAAAUCUCAAUUGAAGCCCAGUGGUCUAAGGAAACCGGGAGUUCUGCGCAUGCAUACAUUUUCCGAAUUCAGUUCAAAGGGAGAACACACGGACUUCAGUGGAUUGCAAAUAAGUAAACCAUUAGAAUUAAACGAGAGUUCUGAUGGAGAAUCUCCUAAACGAUCAGGAAAUGGGUCAAGAAAGCAGGAGUAUUUCGUUUCUAAAAUACAAAUUCAGGAGAGGGAGCCCACGUUGUUGUCUCUGGACGGAAUGUCUUCAAAUUUGGCGUCCAGAGGCAAAGAGAUUUUGAGUGUUGAAACGGCCGUGAAACAAGCCAUUAAAAGGUACAUGUGUACCAUUGAUAGACAGCCUAGAAUACAAUACAGACACAACAAUAACUGUGGUAGUGAGCAGCACUGUGACAAAGAAAUUGUACCCGCGAACGAGGUAGUGGUAUCAAAACCUGAUUCAAAUACACAUAAAAACGGAUCGCGACAUUCCUCUAAAAAGGAAAGUUCCAAAAACAAUAAUCAAUACGUUAAGUUCGUCAAACCUAUUCUGUCAAAGAUUAUCGCCAAUACGCCAGCUUGUAUGUUUAAACUUUUUGGUCCCAUUCUUCUGAGCGCCCCGCAUGGGAUCAAACUUUGGCGCGGUGGAACGGAGGGACGCAGACGACGUAUUCACUAUCGCGAGAUCCACGUCACGGAAAUCUUAUUGAGGGUGGCAAAUGAAAUAAAUAGAAUUGCUGGAAUCCCGCCGAGUUUCAUCAUAUGGGACAGACGGGUGGCAAUGCCAGCGGAUUUCAAGAAUUUGGAUCCGAACUACCUCACUGAAAAACAAUUUCCACAAUCGCCAUUCCACGAGGCGUUGGAAUAUUUCAAACAAUUUGGUCGGGAUAACAAAAUACCAAUACUUCACAUCGACAUGCACGGAAAGAAAAAUCGCAAGACAAAUAUGGAUAUUGAUGUGGGCUUUAAGGCUAUGGAAACUCAUUGGAAAGACCAAAGUUUUGUAAGGUGGCUGAAAUCUGAAACUGAAUGCGCGUUCACGAACAUGGUCAGUGACCCAAAGUACACCUAUGAGAAAAAUAAUAUGAGAUUCACAGUCAAUGUCAAUCCUUCUCUCUGCGGGGACUGGGGAGGAGAUUUGUACACUAUGACCUGUCAAUCCGUUGUCAUGGGAACUCCUGCAUUCCAACUAGAAAUACCACGUGCUAUUCGAAAUCGGCUAGUAGUUGACGAUGAACUAGUCACCAAACUCGCUCAAAGUAUAGUUGACAUAUAUUCUACUUGCCUGAACAACAAUAGCUCUCUCCAUAUCAAGAUACCAAAGAGAGAACAAGUAUCAUAUUCAGAACUCAUUGAAAAAACACUAUGUGAUCACCUGAAAAUUGAAAAAACCAUUCAGGAGAAACAGAUUUGAUUAAUAGAAUACAAAUAUACAAUGGAUGACCAAAUUACUUAAGAUGAUACCUCAGGAAAAACACAAACCAAAUAGUUUAUAAAUUUAAAAAAUUCAAUUUAAAUGUACAUUAUAUGUAUUUGACAACUUUUUUAUAUGAAGGAUACUUCAAUUUUUCCUUGCUUGUGGUAUACAAAUGAAAUCCCCCAAGAUUAA